GAGGGCCUCUGGGGCGCGCGGCCCGGCAUGACGCACUGACGGCCUCUCUGCCGCGCCGGGCCGGCCGCCCGGCCUGCUCCGCCAUGGCGAGUGACAGCGGCGGGCUCUGCCGGCUCAGCGGGCCGAGCGCUAGCGAGCGCGAGCGCCAGUACUGUGAGCUGUGCGGGAAGAUGGAGAACCUGCUGCGCUGCGGCCGCUGCCGGAGCUCCUUCUACUGCUCCAAGGAGCACCAGCGCCGGGACUGGAAGAAGCACAAGCUUGUGUGCCAGAGCGGCGAGGCUGGGCCCAAAGGGGCUCCCGCGGCUGGGGGAGCGGCCCGGACAACGGCGGGGCCGCGCAGGGACGGCGCCGAUCCCGCGUCCGCGCCGGCCGCCGGGGACGCUGCCGGGGCCCCUCGCGGAGGCCGCCGAGACCUCGAGGCGCCCCCGGCCGGGCACUCACCGCGCCCGGAGCGCGCCCUGCUAAGCGCCGGGGAGGCGCUAAACCCUGGUGGCGGAGCCGGGGGACCGCGGCCCAACGGGCAAACGAAGCCGCUGCCUGCUCUGAAGCUGGCGCUGGAGUACAUCGUGCCGUGCAUGAACAAGCACGGCAUCUGCGUGGUGGACGACUUCCUGGGCCGCGAGACGGGGCAGCAGAUCGGCGACGAGGUGCGCGCACUGCACGACACCGGCAAGUUCACGGAUGGGCAGCUUGUCAGCCAAAAGAGUGACUCCUCCAAGGACAUCCGGGGCGACCAGAUCACCUGGGUGGAGGGCAAGGAGCCCGGCUGCGAAACCAUCGGGCUGCUUAUGAGCAACAUGGACGACCUCAUUCGCCACUGCAAUGGGAAGCUGGGCAGCUACAAGAUCAACGGGCGCACGAAGGCCAUGGUUGCUUGUUACCCAGGCAAUGGAACAGGUUAUGUUCGCCACGUGGAUAAUCCAAAUGAAGAUGGAAGAUGUGUGACAUGUAUAUAUUAUCUAAAUAAAGACUGGGAUGCCAAGGUAAGUGGAGGUAUACUUCGAAUAUUUCCAGAAGGCAAAGCCCAGUUUGCUGACAUUGAACCCAAAUUUGAUAGACUGCUGUUUUUCUGGUCUGACCGUCGCAACCCUCAUGAAGUACAACCAGCAUAUGCCACAAGGUACGCAAUAACUGUUUGGUAUUUUGAUGCAGAUGAGCGAGCACGAGCUAAAGUAAAAUAUCUAACAGGUGAAAAAGGUGUGAGGGUGGAACUCAAUAAGCCUUCAGAUUCGGUCAGUAAGGACGCCUAGCCUGGCUCGCGGCCCAGCAACACUCCUCACUGAACUCUGGGCGCUGCCUGUCAGCAUGUGAACAUGAAGGAUGGGCAAGGUGGCGGAGGGCCUGGCUGGUGCCCCAGGGCCAGGAGCAGCUUCCCACAUCUCAGCGAGCAGAGGACCCAUGCGCGGCCACUGGGAUCUGGGAUGGCUGACAGGAAGAGGAGACGCUCACGAAGGAAAACGGUUUUUCUAUCUGGACCUGAAAUAAGUGCCCUACAUAGAAUUUUUUCAUUCUUAUAUUUUGCCAGAUCUGUCAUCUAGCUGAGUUCAUUUCAUCUCUUUUUUAUAUCAAAUUUGAAUUUGGGGUAAUUUUUGUAUGAUUAGGUACAAUAUAUCAAAACUGAAUUGAGAAAAAAAUUACAGUAUUAUUCCUCAAAAUAACAUCAAUCUAUUUUUGUAAACUACUUCGUACUAUUAAAUUUUGCCCUAAAAGA